UUUGACAUAUUUUAAUGUUUGACAACAUCAAAAAAUGUGAAAUCAAUUUUGUAUAUUAUCAUUAGAAAUUGUUAACCAAUAACAUUUCUUUGAUUCCAGGCUCAUGUAGUGUCGGCUUUCGAGCAAAGUCUAACUUCCAUGACACAAAGGCUCCAACAUCUAACAGCAACAUCAGAGAAAAAAGAAUCCGAACUGCAAGAGCUUCGGCAGGCGAUGGAUUCCCUUCGCGCCCAAUCCAUCCAAGCUGGUAUCGGCACUGGUCUAGCGAGACAACCAUCUUCAGACAGUGUUUCAAGCCUUUCGUCUGCCUGUAGCCUAGAUAAACACGACAAAAAGAAAAAGAAAGGCUGGCUCCGAAGCUCUUUCACUAAAGCUUUUUCGAGAAAUGCCAAAGUUACCAAAGUACAAUGCCAGAGUGAAGGAGAAACAGAAAGGACGCACAGCCCUUUGCCUUCUGCUCCGACAGAUGCCGGUCAGGAAGUAGCAGAGUUGCAGAAACAACUGAGGGAGAAAGAUCUAGUCUUGACGGAUAUUCGAUUAGAGGCCUUGAGCUCCGCUCAUCAACUGGAGAGUCUGAAGGAUACCGUAAUGAAGAUGAGAAGUGAAAUGUUGAGUCUGAAACAAAAUAAUGAACGACUACAGCGUAUGGUCAGUGGGUCCACCAACCAACCUGCCGAUUUGUCUGAUACCAGAAGUAACAAUAGUUUAGAUGCCUUAAGUGACCUCAUACAAACAGAAGACCCCGCCCCUGAAGUUGAAACGGAUGGUAAACGAAUAGCCAUAUCAGUUUAUCUGGGACAACCACAAAGCUUCGAAAAGUAUUAUGUAAGACAUUACGGGUACGAUGGUGUUAGUGAUAAUGCUAAUACAGAAAUUUCAAUAGCUCAUACAACCAUUGGUGCAUCUUCGUCCUGGGCUCAGCUGGAUAACGCAGUGAGAAGAGCAUUCAAACAGUACGUUGCUAGAUUAGAUCCUGGAGGAGGUCUUGGGUUGGGUAGUGAUGCAAUAGCCAGUUACAAAUUGGGGGAAGCGGAACGUAAACCGGACUCAGGUCCCCCAGAUCUCCUGCCAGUGGGAUAUGCAGUUGGGCGGGUGAAUACUUUGCAUGUUGUGCUCCAACCCGUCGCAGCCUUGGCAUUUGAAGCUUUAAUUCCGAAGGGAGUCGCACAGAGGCUGGUAUCCUUGCUAGCAGAACAUCGGCGGCUGGUACUUUGCGGUGCUCCUGGUACUGGGAAAACUCACCUCGCUACCAGAUUAGCAGAGUUUCAUGCACAGAGUUUAGGUAGAGAUCCCGCUGAAGCCGUUGCAACAUUCAAGCUGUCCACUUGAACUUGAUGCAGCAAGAGCAUGGUUCGCAAAUGUAUGGAACUACUCCCUUGCACCCUACCUUCGAGAAGCUGCGAGAGAAGGACUUCAAUUAUACGGGAGGCGAGCUCCUUGGACGGACCCAACCCAAUUCAUUUUGGAAACGUAUCCUUGGCCUGGCGCAGCUCCGCAAGGUCUCACCACAAUAUCGGCCAAAGAUGUAGGAUUAGAAGUGGGUCCUACAGCCCAGGCAGACAAUGAGGGUGAUCCCCUCUUAAACAUGUUGAUGAGAUUACAAGAAGCAGCAAACUAUUCAAGUCCACAUUCAAAUGAUUCGGAUUGUAAUAGUUUGGAUUCAAAUGUGACCCACGGAAGUAACGUUGGAGCAGAAAGUGUGUCAUGAAAUGAAAUUACCGAUAUAUUACCAAAUAUUGGGUAGAAAUUAUGAGCCUUACUGAUUUUGAAGAAAUGUUACUAUACUAUUGACAAUAUAUAAACGUUUGCAUAUACCACCAAUCGAUACAAUGCUUAUACAGGCAUUUGGUUGACAGAUUUUUAAAUUACUUUUUCAUGUCAGACAUUAACUCAUUCAACUGCUUCAAAACAAAUCCUAUGUGAAUUUAUUCAUCCUUAUCAUUUCAAUACACCUUAUUACUCGCCUAUUCAUGUUAAAUAUGUUAUUGAAUUGCAUUGUACAAUAAAAUAAUAUAUGAAAAAUCAUCUGAAAUUUAAAAAAAUGUGACUUCAAAUUUAACGGUACAGACGAUAAUCAAAGCUGUAGUAAAAUUGAAAUAUAUAAAUAUGACUAUAACAAAGUGCUUGCUACUAGUAGUAGGGUCGAUAUUAUUUAUUAUUUAUUUUUGAGAAAUAUACGAUUUUGAAAUUGUGCAUGUAAUUUUUGCUAAGUAGGAAUGAAUCUUGUGAAAUUUCAGAGUGUCAAAUCGACAUGAUAUUUUAGAAAAGACUAAAUCUAGUCAAGAAUCAGUCGCCGUCACAAUUUCUGGUAUGUGUAUUUCUCAGUUUUUCUGUGUUUUUACAUGAUUUUUUUCUGGUCAAAGACAGCCAUUUAUGUACAUAUGUUAUUUAUUUAUAAAAAAUAAAUGUUCUCUAUAAUUUGU